AUGGAAGAAAGAUAUGAGCCAUUAAAGGAACUUGGUUCUGGAAAUUUUGCUGUUGCUAGGUUGGCUAAAGACAAAAACACUGGCGAACUUGUUGCUCUCAAAUACAUUGAAAGGGGCAAAAAGAUUGAUGAGAAUGUCCAGAGGGAGAUAAUUAACCACAGAUCGUUAAGGCAUCCUAAUAUUAUCAGAUUCAAAGAGGUCAUGCUGACACCUUCUCAUUUAGCCAUUGUCUUGGAAUAUGCUGCUGGUGGUGAACUCUUUGAGAGGAUAUGUACUGCUGGCCGAUUUAGUGAAGACGAGGCAAGAUAUUUCUUCCAACAGCUAAUAUCUGGUGUUAGCUACUGUCAUUCAAUGGAAAUUUGUCAUAGAGAUCUGAAAUUGGAAAACACGCUCUUGGACGGAAAUCCAUCUCCUCGGCUUAAAAUUUGUGACUUUGGUUACUCCAAGUCUGCGCUAUUGCACUCUAUACCAAAGUCAACAGUUGGAACUCCUGCAUACAUUGCUCCAGAGGUUCUGUCACGAAAGGAAUACGACGGAAAGACUGCAGAUGUUUGGUCAUGUGGUGUGACUCUUUAUGUCAUGCUAGUUGGUGCAUAUCCAUUUGAAGAACCAGAAGAUCCUAGAAAUUUCAGAAAGACUAUUGGGAGAAUAAUAGGUGUUCAGUACUCCAUUCCCGACUAUGUACGCGUUUCUGCAGAGUGUAGGAAUCUUCUAUCUCGCAUCUUUGUUGCUGACCCUGCCAAGAGGAUCAGUCUCCAAGAGAUAAAGCAUAACCCUUGGUUUUUAAAGAACUUGCCUAAAGAUAUCAUUGAGGCUGAAAGAAAAGGUUUUGUGGAAACAAAGAAGGAUCAACCAAGCCAAAGCGUGGAAGAAAUCAUGAGGAUCAUACAAGAGGCAAGUGUACCAGGACCGGGGUCGAAAGUUGGCGAAGGUGGUCAAGCUGGUUCCGGUUCAAUGAACAUUGAAGACGAUGAGGAAAUCGAUGUUGAUGUGAGUGGUGAGUAUGAGUAUGAAAAUGCGUGA